CGAGCACAGUUUCUCUCUGGGCCGGUGCUCCGCCUGGGUCGCACAGCACAGCAUUCUCCUGGCGCGAGUCGGCGAGAGCUGCUGCUCGCUGCCCCUCGGUGGCUGUCAGUCCGUCGGAGGCCGGUCGCCGGUCGUCGUCCUCCUCGUCGUCGUCGGCGCGGUCCUCGCGGGUCCGGCACGUUCGCCCAGCUGGUCGUCCCGGGCCGGUUGUUCGACCUGAUCCAGCGCCUGCUCGGCCCGUUGCACCGGCCCGGCCGCAACCUAACCUCAACGUGCCCCUCACCUUGAAAUGGAGGUGCAGCAGCAGCUUCACGCAGCCGCCCUGGCUGGCGACGCCUCCGACGCCGAAGCUUCGGGUCUCUGGGUGUUCGGCUACGGCUCCCUGUGCUGGCACCCGGGCUUCGACUUCAGACGGUCCGUCACCGGCUUCGUUCGGGGCUACACCCGCAAGUUCUGGCAGGGCAACACGACGCACCGCGGGACCGAGAACCAGCCCGGGCGAGUGGCGACCCUUGUCGAGGAGAGAGAGGGAGUCGUCUGGGGCCGCGCCUUCGAGCUGAGCGGCGAGGCGGCGCUUCCCUACCUGGCCAACCGCGAGUGCAAGCUGGGCGGCUACAUCACCAAGUUCACCACCUUCUACCCCAAGCGGCCCUGCCAAGGUGAGGUUGAGGGAAUGGGCGGACAGACACCGACGCUCUAUGGGUAGCUUAGCUCGUGAUGU